UCUCUAAACCUUACAAGUCGAGGUUUGGUGGGGCACAUCUCUCCUUCACUUGGAAACCUAACAUUCAUGCGGUCUCUGGUCCUCACAGAGAACACACUCGCCGGGGAGAUCCCACCCUCGCUUGGUCACCUACCUCGCCUCCAAACCUUCCUCUUGAAUAGUAACAUGCUACAAGGAAGGGUGCCGAGUUUCGCUAACUGCUCAAAGCUCAAGGUGAUGGAUGUUUCGAAAAACAACCUAGUAGGCCAUCUCCAUGCCAACUUGCCUCUUUACUUGCAAGUGUUGCACGUUUGGUCUAAUAACCUUACUGGCACCAUCCCAGCUACUCUUGCCAAUAUCACAACAUUAACCCAAAUUAACUGCCAAGAUAAUCACAUCAAGGGAAAUAUCCCAAGUGAAUUUGCACAUUUGUCCAGCUUGCAGCACCUGUCUGCCAGUGCUAAUCGGCUAUCAGGAAGAUUUCCACAAGCCAUCUUGAAUCUUUCUACUCUUACCAUCCUCGAACUUGCUGCCAAUGGUCUAAGUGGAGAGGUUCCACCAAAUCUCUUUACCUCUCUUCCCGAUCUCCAGAUACUUUUCUUAGGUGGCAACUUAUUUUUAGGGCACCUUCCUAGUUCAUUCACCAACGCUUCCAAUAUACAAGCUCUCGAUUUGUCAAGAAACAACUUCACAGGAUUGAUGCCUACCACGAUUGGAAAACUUACCAAACUCUUGAGCUUGAAUCUUGAAAAUAAUGAACUCCAAGCACACAACAGAGAAGAUUGGGAGUUUUUGAAUAGCUUAGGCAACUGCACGGAGCUACAAAUGUUUUCCAUGGGUUAUAAUCAUCUAUCAGGGCAUGUACCGAGUUCAUUAGGUAACCUUUCAAGUCAACUCCAGGAAUUAUACUUGACAAACAAUCAACUAUCAGGAGAUUUUCCAUCUGGCAUAGCAAACCUUCGCAACCUGAUUUUUGUAGCAUUGGGACGAAAUAACUUUACAGGUGUGGUUCCUAUGUGGAUAGGAACUCUCAAAGCUGUGCAGGUAAUAGGCUUAUUCAAAAACUUCUUUGCGGGGGCCCUCCCAUCAUCCUUGUCAAACUUGACUCAAUUGGGAGCUCUCUACCUACGCUCGAACCAGUUCACCGGUCACAUACCAUCAAGCUUUGGAAACUUUCCAAUGCUUCAAAUAUUGGACAUUUCCCGCAAUGAACUCCAUGGCAAGGUUCCAAUGGAGAUCUUUAGAAUCCCAGCAAUAACUGGAAUUGAUUUAUCAUUCAAUAGCCUUGAUGGACAACUUCCUACGGGCAUUGGAAAUGCCAAACAACUCGUGAUAUUGAGAGUUUCAUCAAAUAAACUAUCCGGAGAUAUUCCAAACACUUUGGGUGAUUGUGAAAGCUUAGAAGGCAUUGAGUUAGAUUCAAACAUUUUCAGCGGAAGCAUUCCCACAUCGUUAGCCAAGAUAAGCAGCCUCAAAGUUUUGAAUUUGUCUACCAACAACUUAACUGGGUCAAUACCAGCAUCUCUUGGCAGCCUGGAACUCCUUGAGGACCUAGAUUUGUCAUUCAACCAUCUUAAUGGAGAGGUUCCAACAAAAGGGAUCUUCAGGAAUGCAACUACCUUGAAGAUUAACGGAAAUCAAGGGCUUUGUGGCGGGGUAAAGGAGUUACACAUACUAGCUUGUUCUGACGUGCCUUCAAAUUCAACUAGGCACAAGGAAUCUUUAGUGCUCAAAGUGGUCAUCCCAAUAGCAUGUGUUGUGUCACUUGCUGUAGUCAUAUUUGGCUAUUUGCUAUGGAUAAGAAAACACAAUAGCAAAUCUAUAUCACUGCCAUCGUUUUCUACAAAAUUACCGAAAGUUUCUUUCAACGACCUAACUAGAGCAACAGCAGGGUUCUCCACGCCUAAUUUGAUUGGUAGAGGAAGAUACAGUUCUGUAUACCAAGGAAAACUACUUGAAGACCAAAAUGAGGUUGCCAUAAAAGUCUUCAACCUAGAGAUAAGAGGAGCACACAAGAGCUUCAUUGCAGAAUGUAAUGCAUUGAGAAAUGUGCGACAUCGCAAUCUGGUCCCUAUUCUGACUGCAUGCUCAAGUAUUGAUUCUAAGGGCAAUGACUUCAAGGCCCUGGUGUAUGAGCUCAUGCCACGUGGAGACUUACAUAAGCUACUAUACUCAACUCAAGACUAUGAAUGCUCUUCAGAUUUGAACCUCAUUAUGAUGGCUCAAAGGAUAAGCAUUGUGGUGGACGUGGCAGAUGCACUGGAGUAUCUACACCAUAAUAACCAAGAAACAAUGAUUCAUUGUGAUCUGAAGCCUAGCAACAUUCUUUUGGAUGAUAAUAUGACAGCUCAUGUUGGAGACUUUGGGCUGUCAAGAUUCAAAGUUGGUUCUACAAUGUCAUCUCUUGGUAACCCCAACUCUUCUUCUGUUGCAGUAAUGGGGACGAUUGGAUACGCCGCUCCAGAAUAUGCUGGGGGCGGUCAAGUUUCAACUGCCGCGGAUGUUUACAGCUUUGGUGUCGUUCUCCUCGAGAUAUUUGUUCGAAGAAGGCCAACGGAUGACAUGUUUAAGGAUGGACUCAACAUUGUGAACUUUAUAGAGGCUAGCUUCCCCGGUAGGGUAUUGGAGAUUGUCGACCCCCAACUUCUACAGGAGUUGGAGGAAACUCCAAUGGCCUUGAAGGAAAAAUGUUCAGAAUGUCUUUUGUCUAUGCUAAAGGUUGGCCUUUCUUGCACCAAGCCAUCUCCCGGUGAUCGUAUCAACAUGCAGGAGGUGGCGGCCAAGCUACAUGGAAUCAAGGAUGCUUACUUUGAUGCUAACUGA